CGAUCUGUCAAACGAAUACAGCGCGAUCCGACCCGUUUACAUGCCGGACCUGUGUUUGGGCGCCAAUUCAAGUAAAUCCUUGUUGUGUUGUUUUUACCUCUCGCCAAAAAUGAACGAUAGCUUUGGUGCCGGUGGUUUUACCACAUCCGGUGGUGCUGGAUCCGAGAACAAAGCGGAAGGUGUCCUGCCGCUCGUCAUCCAGCAGGUGCUAGAAUCGUCGGACAGUGGCAUAACGCUGUUCGGACAUCAGUAUGCGAUGGUUACGCUGGUGGCCAUCAUACGGAAUGUCGAGUACUCGUCAACCAAAGUCACUUACCAGCUGGAAGAUCAUACAGGCCAAAUUGAUGCACACUUCUGGAUCGAAGAGGAUGGUGCCACCAGCACGCCAAGCAUUGUACCGCAGUCCUACGCACGGGUCGUCGGAUCGGUAAGGAACCAGGGCGGCACGAAAGCGAUCAUGAUAUUCAAGAUCGAUCAGAUUGAUUCGCCGAACGAAGUUACCACCCAUCUGCUAGAGGUGCUGCACUCACGGUACAAGGGAGAAGAGAACAGCAAGCGUAAGACGGAACCCGGCCUGGAUACGAACGCUAACGCGGCCUCGAACGGUGGUUUCAUGGAAUCCGAUUCGGUCGGUGCAUCGCUCGGUUUGAACGGAAAGCAGCUGGCCGUGUACAAAGUGAUUAAAAACCAUGUCUCCGAUAUUGGCAUCAGUCGCAAGGAGUUGCAAGCCAAAUUUUCACACAUCAAUCCUUCCGAGAUGCAGAGCAUCAUUGACCACAUGGGACAGGAAGGAAUGAUAUACACCACAGUCGACACCGAACAUUUCUUUUGUGUGGACGCAUAAAACGCGCGGUUCGUUGGUCGCGUUGCUUUCAUUCUUCUUUCUCAUUCCCAUCACUAAAUAAUAAAGAUUGAAUUGAUACUCUCCUAACCAACUCGUGGACUGAAAGAAUCCGUGAUAGUUUCGUGGGAAUCAUCAUGAUAACGGGGGUAUGAGAUCUGAUACUCAUAGAAGAGCAUAUAAUCCUGCGCCCCUUUUGUAAUCAUUUGUUUAAAUACAUAUUACAUAGUAUUUUC